AUGUGUGAUACUCAACCACCACCGCGCACGAGACCUUCGACUGGCGAGGCGCGAAGAGUAGAAGAAGGAGAUUCUCCUUUAUUAACAGAUUCUACUUCUUGCACUUCGGCGACAGAGCUCACACGACAGAAGCACCCCUACGGUCGUCGAAACACUCUCGUGCGGAGCUACACCAGGCACGGGCUUGGGUUCGCGACGGCCGACCGGGAUGAAAGCCUCACGGUUACCAAGUUCAGGGAUUUACCGUCACGCGAGCGGCGCUUGUACACAUUGACGAUGGGCUAUGGUCUCCGAGCUGACAACAAGAGUGGCUUCAGCGGCGACUGCAAGCGCCAGAGACAGCAGUCCGGUAUGAGCAAGGGGCACGCCGUGGCUUUGAUGGCCAGGCUGCAUGAAAUGCUACGGCAUGACGGGAGGACAGUUGAAGGAGUGUUUUCCGCCCUCGGAGUUGAUGAAAGCCGCGUCAACAAGGAGCAGUACGCGUCAGGGCUAGAGCAUAUGGCGGUGCGCGCGGGCACCGCUAUUCCGACGGGUGCUGCAGAACAAUCAUUGGCAUCCCUGUACCGGCAAAGGGAGGAAGCAUGGCCGUUCUUGGCCCAGCAACUGACAAACGCCGAUGCCGAAGACAGCAAAGAAAAAGAUACUCCUAACAACGGCACCCAGUUGAAGGAGGAAGCGGGCGCUACCAAACCAGAUGAAGUAGUGACCUCGCAAUCAGUGGAGUCAGCGAAUGUGAACUCCCAAAGGGGAGAAUUUGGCGGUGCACAGGUGGAGCAACAGCAGCAGCAACAUAGUUCUGGCCAAGAAGAUAGGAAGAGGAAUUCCACCGUCGCGGGUGGCGAGGGCGAUGGCGAGACGUUUUCGCUUGCCCGUCUGUCCGCAGCGUUAGAGGCUUUCGCUCGUGCGCGUGACGAUCGAGGCUACCCGCUUGAUGGUCUGGCUAUUCAAGACCUGGUGGCCUUCCUGUACCUAGGAGGCCACGCUAGGCAGAUGACUCUGGCAGAGCUUCAGGCUAUCGUCAUGAAGUACGGUCGGUGGGCGAUCGAACGGGCUCGGCGGGAGGCGAAGGGCCAGAAGGCCAAGCUCGUGGAAGCAACAAAGAAUGGCAAUAACAACGCGACGGACGCCGUGGAGGAGGAGAACGCCGUCGACGGGGAGUCGGGGGACGGUGAUUCUGAGGGAAAAGGAGAAGGAGCAGGGGAGGGGAACGAACCGUCCCCGGGGACCGGGAAACAGGCCGACCGAGAGACCGCUGCUGCUUUGCAAGGGCAACCGCAGCAAGAAGACAGCAGUAGGGAAGAGAUGCCGCUUUUUUCGCUGCAGGAGGCGGAGUUUAUGAUUGCCUUCCUGAUGGAGAGCCAGCAGGCGUUUUCUCUUAUUAACGUCGCCGACAUUCAGCGAGGAAUCAGGGCCGCUAAGCGAGCAGAGGCACAAGCGGCGUCGCGAGAGGUCUACCGGAGAGCAGCGGAGAGAUUCGCGGCCGAACUGCUCGGUGCGGGCAUGGCGCUAGACUCUGACGACGGGUGGGAAAGAUGGUUCGACAUGUGUGAGCUGGGCCUACGCGCGGGCGCGGCCGGCAACAAGCGCCUGGUCGGCAGGACUGAACUACGACGAGGGCUCAAGGCCCUCUCCGCCGCGCCGAAAGUACCAGAGGUACCGCCACCGCUACCAGUAGAGGCCGUCGAAGGCGAAACAAACAGCGGCAAUGGAGAUAAGGAGGGGGAUAGGCAGGGGCGGGGGGCAACAGCCGAUUCUUCUGAGCAGAGGCGAGGGGGUACGUGGAGCGAGCAAGACAUAGACGACCUUCUUGGCGGAGUUACCAUCUUGGGCGGCGGCGGUAGCGGCGGCUUCGACGGUGGGGAGGACGCCAACGGAACCGGGAGGGGUGGUGGUAUCGCCGGGAAAGAUGGAACUGCUGCUGCCGAUUUCACCGACGUUGAGUUUCGAGAACACCUGCUGCUGGCGAUAACGGAGGGCGCGGUAAGAGCGGAUCGGGACAUGGCGGUGGCCGACAAAGUACUCCCCUUGACCGAGAGGCUUCAGGCAUACUUGAAAGACCACGGGAUACGGCUGGGUCAGUUUUUUGAACGAGUGGUGGCGUGGGCGAGACAAGCAUCCGAGGAGGAUCUGAUAAUGCAGUGGACAGACAGAGUGCCACCACCUGGGGCGGGAGCCGCGGCCGGGGCGGCCCAGAGAGGGGACGACUCGUGUGUAGCGCCGGCGGCCCUGAAAGCAGUCCUGGUGUCGCUUACGACGGGGGGACUGACCGGGGCGGAGAGGGCGAAGCUCAAAGCGGACGAACUGUCGGCAGUGAAGGAGGAGCAGGAACGGAAGGCGGCCGAAGGGGUGUCUGCUGAGGCGGCCAAGCGGGUGCUCGAAGCCGAGAAAUCCGGCGCGUCCGUGAUUCUCGACCUCAUUCGAGCAAGUGUGGCCUCGAAGUCGAUCAGGGUGAUCGAGCUCUUCAAUACCAUGGACACCUCCAAGGAUGGCUUGAUAUCGAGGGAGGAGCUGAGGGAAGGCCUCGCGAUGAUCGCGGAGGGACACCUAGGGCAGUCGGCGUCGAUGGAGCAGAUGCGGGAGGUUUGUAGGAACAGGAGGCGGUCAGCGGCCAUUCGAGAAAACCAGGACAAAGAAUUGCGUCGAGCAUUGAAGCUUCGUGCAAGGAUAGCGGCCGCCCAGGCUUCCGGUGCGGCGAAAGUGCUCCGAAGGAUACACGAGCACCUCGUGCAGACGAGACACAAGGUGGUGGAUAUGUUCCGCUCCUUCUCCCUGCGAGGCCAUCUCAGCCUCACCACGGCGGAACUGGAGAUGGCACUCAGUCUCGUCGACGGAUUGGAACUAACUCGUCGAGAGGUGCGAAGCGUGGUGCGAUUCCUCGACAAGGACUCGAGCGGCACCAUCGAUGUUGCCGAGAUCGACGAGGCGGUGAGAGAGUUCCGCGAGCUGACCCUCGACAUGCCGUCCCUCGGGACCGGUCCCAUGACGGUCAUCGACGCCGCGGAGAUCGGUCGCCUCGCGCGGCGGACUUUCGACGACAUCGUCGUCAACAACGCCCCCCCUUCCUCGUCCUCCAGAAUCGACAACGACAACAACACCCGUAGCGGCGGCAGCAACGAUGGCGAUGACGAUGACAAGGGAGAGCAUCAGGCUACCGUGCGUGUUUCCGACGUAUCGGCCGCUUUUGAGGAGGCGUUUCGACAGUUUAAGGCUGACGGAGAGGGACAGCACUCCAUCGCGGCAAUGCGACAUCCUGGGAUCCAGCAACCGUCUACGGAUACCCAACACGCACAGGCGUGCGUGGACAAGGUGAUGGAGUGGCUGCGCAACUCACGAACCUUCGAUCGCGCGCCGACCGGACGCGUGCCGACGCUCGCGGAGCAGAUGACAGAGCGGCAAAAGAUGGAAGUCGAGCUUCAAAACAAGCUGCAGGAAAAGCGGCGCAGAGCGGCCGGCCAGAAGCACUGGGAAGAGUGGGUUUCCCGGAAAGCGCGCCGCAGCAAAUCCGGCGCCGCUGUCAACGGUGACGACAACGACAGGCAGAGAGGAGGUGUUGACGCUGGCAUAGGGGGGGAGAGCGCAGCGGGCGAGGCCGCUGCAAGACGGAGACGAGAGCAGAGAGAACGGCAAGAGGAUGAGGACCGGCGGCGGAAGAAGGAGCAGGACGAAGCCUUCGCAGCGUGGGCGCGAGAGAAGGACAAGGUGCUCCGCGCUAGGAAAAGAGAGAAACGCCGAGAGAUGACGUCGGGAGGGCUUGACACCCUAGAGGCCAUCAACAAGAAGCUCCGGGGCGCACGGUGUGCUACGCCCAGCAGGCUUCUCCCCCGCUUGGGGUGCCGUUCGGACGGCGGUUCUCUCACCUCGGUAGUGCAGACCUCGGGGGAGGGCGGCGGAAGCAGGUUGGGGAUGAGCAAGGACGUCGGGAGCAUCAGGGGAAAGCGUCGUAGGCCGGCGACGAAGGCGGAGCGUAAGGCGCUCGACCUUGCCGUGACAAGAGUGGCCGUGUCUCCCUACCGAGUACCUGCGAAGGACAAGUACCAGCACUCCAAGCAUAUCGAGGGCGGCAAGAUCGUCACGAGGAUGGCCAGAAACCAGUCCAAGCCGUUCCCGAAAGCGCUGGUGGAGGAGGGAUGGCAGGCAACCUCGCAGCUCCUUGGCUCCGCCGGAAUGUCUCUCAUCGACCACCCCACCGCCAAACACGGAGCUGUCGCUGCCCGUAACGCUGACGGUAGUAACGGAUCGAAAAAAGACGAGCAUGGCCCCACGGGUCACCACGUGUUCGUCGGAAACCACAGCAGCAUCACGUCACACCGUAGCAGCCGCGGCAACAGGACUACAUCGACCGCUCGCGGCGAACAAAGUCUCCGAUCCGCGCGGAGGAAGCGAGGAGAACAGCGACCUCUUGACAGCCCCGUUGCUCCCGCCGCGGUUGCUGAUGUUUCUCUUCUCCGGCCUGAAAAGUUGAGUGACACCCCCGCCAGCAGCAGCAGCAGCGGCAGCGGCAGGAACAGCGUGGUCUUUUUGGCGCCGUCUUGCGAGGCAGGCAGCGCCGUCCGCCCAGCGUCGGUGUCGGAUCGACAGUCUCGUGUCGACGCAAAGGAUUCGGAUGGCAUUGAGGAGGGAAGACAGACUUGGCUCGGGGUACGAGGCACUGGUGGCCGUGCGGAAGACGGGAAUAAUAGUGGAGAAGAUGCCCAAAAUAGCGGUGGAACAGCUGCCGCGGCGGUGGCGGCGGUAGGCGCGCGGCCUGAAGGUCGGAGGGGGAACUCUAGGGGGGCUCCUGAGGGCACGGGGUGCGGGGACGGUUUGGAUGGGGUAGCUAAGGAAGGCGGGGGGGGGGGAAGGAGAAGGGGAUCCUCAAAUUCUGAGGAUAUGGAGUUCCCGAUACAGAGCCAAGAGUUACCUGACUGGGCGGACACGAUAAAGGACCUGCCCGUCGACGACCCAUACCAGGAGGGAGAGGACGACUUCGAGCCAGAUGAUGACUCCAUACCGCCGCCGUCCGAGUCUUAA